GUCUGGAAAGUGCGCUCCGGGAGGGCUGCCUCGCAGCGCGCCUGCAGACAAGCGGAGAAGGUGGAGGCGUCAGAGAGUCCCUUUCCUAGACACUGGGUGCUAGGCCCGACUACGAGCCCAUGGGAAAGUGAGCCUCUGUGGGUGACUGAAAUGCUAAGAAGACCAGCGCGGUGGCUGAGGGAGACCCCGCUGGGUGGGCGGCGCGCGGCCUCUUCCGGUUUCUGAGACGUUCGGGGCCUCUUGUCUCAGGCCGGUGUGUGCGGCCGUGGCUCCCGGACCCGGAAGGGGCGGCCGCGGACCGACAACUACUGCGAAGAAGCUCACUCUUCACGUGCUGCCCGAGCUCCCUGCUCGGUCCGCGGCUCUGCGCUUGGGCUUUGGCUACCGCUUGCAGCUCUCUCUCCGACCAGCCACCCAGGACGUGCUUCGGACGCACCCAGGCCCAGAUGAGGCGGCAAGCAGAAGCUACCAAGAGAAAGCACCAAGUGUCCAGUGAUGCUCCACCAGCAAAACGGAGGAAUGAAAUAUCCUUUCUUUCAGCCAAGAAAGCCAGUGAUAAAGAAACUCAGAGAACAUUUAAAGGGAGCACACGUAAAACGUUUCCUCCAAAGAAGUAUUUGGACAGUAUAGGCAAUGAAAGGCAAGAGGAGAAGCCAUGCAUCAAGACUUCGUCACUGUUUAAAAACAAUCCUGAGAUCCCAGAACUCCACAGAACUGUAGUGAAGCAGGCUCGAGAACAAGUGUUCUCUCCAGACGCUUUCCAGGAGCUGGACCUCCACCCACAUCUAAUUUCCACAAUAAAUACAGUCUUAAAAAUGUCCAGUAUGACCAGUGUUCAGAAGCAGAGCAUCCCAGUGCUGCUGGAAGGCAGAGAUGCCCUUGUGCGAUCCCAGACGGGCUCAGGUAAAACUCUUGCCUAUUGCAUCCCUGUGGUCCAGUCUCUUCAAGCGCUGACAUCAAAAAUACAGCGCAGUGAUGGACCCUAUGCUUUGGUCCUAGUGCCCACCAGAGAGUUGGCUCUGCAAAGCUUUGACACUGUUCAGAAGCUACUUAAGCCAUUCACCUGGAUUGUUCCUGGAGUGUUGAUGGGCGGAGAGAAGAGGAAAUCGGAAAAAGCUAGACUCCGUAAAGGCAUAAAUAUCCUUAUCUCAACUCCUGGCCGUCUAGUGGAUCAUAUAAAAUCCACAAAGAACAUUCACUUUAACCGAAUACAGUGGCUGAUUGUGGAUGAAGCAGACAGGAUCUUGGAUUUGGGUUUUGAAAAGGACAUCACAGUGAUUCUGAAUGCUGUAAAUUCUGAGUGUCAGAAACGGCAGAAUGUCCUCCUAUCAGCGACACUCACAGAAGGUGUAACACGGCUAGCUGAUAUCAGUUUGCACAAUCCAGUCAGUAUCUCUGUCCUGGACAAAAGCUGGGACCAGCCCAAUCCUAAGGAGGUUGCUAAUACCCAGCUGGACAGCUUUGCCAUUCCAGAGAGUCUCGACCAGCAUGUGGUGUUGGUUCCCAGCAAGCUGCGCCUUGUCUGCCUUGCAGCCUUCAUCCUGCAGAAGUGCAAGUUUGAGAAGGACCAGAAGAUGAUUGUCUUUUUCUCAAGUUGUGAGCUGGUGGAGUUCCACUACAACCUCUUCCUUCACACCCUGCUUCGCCACUCAGGGACCCCUACUUCAGAGCAGCUGCCAUCUGCUUCCUGGCCACUGAAAUGCCUUCGGCUGCAUGGCAACAUGGAGCAGGAGGAAAGAACAUCCGUGUUUCAUGAGUUCUCCCAUUCUGGAACUGGAGUCCUACUCUGCACGGAUGUUGCAUCUCGAGGCUUGGACCUCCCACAAGUCACCUGGAUUGUUCAGUACAGUGCUCCGUCUUCACCUGCAGAGUACAUUCACCGUGUCGGAAGAACUGCCCGGAUUGGCUGUCAUGGGAACAGCCUGCUCAUUUUGGCUCCUUCAGAGGCAGAAUAUGUCAACUCGUUGGCUUUUCACAAAAUCAAUGUUUCUGAGAUUAAGGUGGAAGAUAUUUUGGCUGUCCUAGCAAAGGAUGAUUGUUUUAAAAGAAGACAAAGGGGAGCCCAGAAAUCCCAUGCCAUUGGCCCACAGGAAAUCCAGGAACGAGCCACAGUACUGCAGACAGUGUUUGAAGAUUACGUGCACUCCAGUCAGAGGAUGGUCUCCUGGGCAAAGAAAGCCCUGCAGUCCUUCAUCCGAGCCUAUGCCACCUACCCCAAGGAGCUGAAGUCUAUCUUCCAUGUUCGAGCCCUACACCUUGGGCAUGUGGCUAAGAGUUUCGGACUGAGAGACGCUCCUAGAAACCUCAGUGUCUCUACUGUGAAGAGGGCAAGCUUAAAAAGGCCUGACCCUUGGAGGAAGACCCAGAGGAAGCACCACCUUGUGCCUGCUGAAGUCCUGCACUCGGAACACUCGAGUGGACUGGAGGGUGCUGGCACAAAGGGCAGGAAGCAAGGCAAACAGCAAGGCCUUCUUCGUCAGGUGGCACACAGCAAGCCUGGGCCGUGGAGAGAAUGAAGCCGCUUCUACAUCCAGAAAGCUCACCACCAGCCAGCAAGCUUCUUUUGGUUGUUUUUGAAUCUCUACUGGACCCGGUCAGGGUGGAUCCAACAUGGCCUCGUGGCUUUAGAUUGAUGUCCUGUUCUUAUUAUCAAAGCUUCUGAAAAAUAACUGGUACCUCUCUCUGAAUACAGACUCACACAAGAGCACAGAGUGCAGAUUCUUACCUGUUGGAGGAGGAGCCCUGAUGGAAACCAAUAAGGCAAGGGCCGGUGCUAGACAGUCGCCACCUUUAGCCAAUCCUCUUAUGGGAUUACACUCAUGGAAGCAAGCAUCCUGUGUCAGCCAGGAUGAGUGUAGCUCCUGGCAAGCUUGCCAGAUUUAAGCAGCCACGUGUGUAUUGCAUGAGUGUUAUAAAAGAUGUUAAAAACAGGAAUUGAACUUUGUACAGAAGGAUAAAGUAUUGUUGAAUA